GCGCAGGCCGCGUCUUCACGCAUGCAGCGCAGGUCGAGCGCCUGCAUCUCACGGGGCUCAUGCCUAGCACCCAAGAUGCCCAGCAAGCUGUGGCUGAUGGCCUUGCAGCAGCCGAACGAAGCUCACAGUUGGCUCUGGAUCUUGACUGGGAGGAGGAUCCGGAGGCGGCGGUGGCGGUGAAGCGCCUGGAGCGAAAGGUCGCUGAGCGAGAGGUGCAGUAUCCCAACGAGGGCUGGUUCAAGUGGGAACCCACAGCUGAGGACAUGUCCUCCCCUCAGUUCUAUGAUGUGCCUGAAGGCUCCGAGGAGUACAACCAAGUGGAGCAGCUCAUGAGGGAUGAGACUGGCCUCGGCGCAACGAAGAACGUCUGGCAUCGAGUCAUCACCAAGAUCGAGCGUGUUGUGAACCCAGCGCUCUGGGAUAACUACUACUUCACACGCCAGGCCCUCAAGAAGAAGCCACGCAACAAGGGCUCGGCAAAUGAGCUCUGGGUCAAGCAUGGCACGGGGAAGACGGACGGCAGGCUUAUCUGUCGGGGCGAAGUGGGCAUCGACAAGAAUUACAGCAGGGAAACCAACAACAUGUUCGGCAAGGCGACGUACACGGCCGAGAAUGCGAAGUACUGCGACCAGAAGAACUACUGCUAUGACUGCCCAACCACGGGCACCCGUCAGAUGCUUCUCUGCCGGUUCGCUGCGGGCACCAUUGCGCAGAUGACUGAUGGAACCUACGACAGCACAGACAGCGCAGAGGGCAAGGUCCACACCCGAAACCUGAUCAAACCGCCUGACCACCAUGACUCUGUGCGUGGCGACGUGGUGCCAGGGUCAGGCUUCUUUGCGCUCAUGUCGUACCGGGACUACCAAAUUUACCCUGCCUACUUGGUGAGCUUCCUGGCCAAGUGA